AGCCGUUGCUCUGUGACAACAACAAUAUGACUACACUUCGCUCAGAGGAAAAAAUCACGAAACUUUCUUCUUUCAUGGCUAAUACACUGAGCAUAGCGUCACCCUCGUGUUCUUCCCCAUUGUUGAUCCCAAUGGUCUCGCCUUUGAAGACAAAUGUCUCGCCUUUGAAGAGAAAGGUCUCGCCUUUGAAGAGAAAGAGACCUCCCCAUUUAGAUAUCCCUGACCUGGAACCGAUUUCAACAGAUUACUUCAGUGGCAGAGACUUUGCUCAGCAAAACGACGCCGUAGUAUGCUUCGGUGGCAAUGGUUUCGGUGUUGUCUCCAGAAACGGAAAGAAGAAGUUUAUGGAAGACACUCACAGAAUUGUCCCUUGUUUGGUUGGUAGCUCCAAAAAGAGUUUCUUUGGAGUUUAUGAUGGUCAUGGAGGUGGGAAAGCUGCGGAAUUUGUGGCUGAGAAUUUGCAUAAACAUGUUGUUGAGAUGAUGGAGAAUUGUAAGGAGAAGGAGGAGAAAGUUGAAGCCUUUAAAGCUGCUUAUUUGAGGACUGAUCGUGAUUUCUUAGAAAAGGGUGUUGUGAGUGGUGCUUGCUGUGUUACUGCUUUGAUACAAGAUCAAGAGAUGAUUGUAUCGAAUUUGGGAGAUUGUAGAGCUGUCCUGUGUCGAAGAGGCGUUGCUGAAGCUCUUACUAAUGAUCACAAGGCAGGAAGGGAUGAUGAAAAGGAAAGAAUUGAGAGUCAGGGAGGUUAUGUUGAUAUUCAUCGAGGGGCUUGGCGAGUUCAUGGAAUACUCGCUGUUUCCAGAAGUAUUGGAGAUGCACACUUAAAGAAGUGGGUGGUUGCUGAACCUGAUACAAGGAUACUUGAAUUGGAACAAGAUAUGGAGUUUCUUGUCUUAGCUUCUGAUGGACUUUGGGAUGUGGUUAGUAAUCAAGAAGCUGUUGAUACCGUGCUGCAUGUUCUAGCUCAGAGAAAGACACCUAGAGAAGGUGAGGAGGAGAACUUGGUCCAGGGAGUUGUCAAUGUGAGCCCAUCUUCGAAACUUCGUCGGGUUUCGCUGGUCAAGUCAUCAGUUCAAUCUCCCAGAUGUGCGAAAUCCCCAAGUUACUACUACAACUCAGAGAAUGAAUCACCCUCACCCCACUGUGAAAUCGGGAGUUCACCUUCAAAUUCAAUGAAGAUCACACAGUUGAAGCGAAUGAAGAUGAAGUCCGAGUCUUCUUGGGCCAAGGAGGCUUGCAAAGAACUCGCGAACCUGGCCGUUAAAAGAGGUAGCAUGGAUGAUAUAACAGUGGUGGUUAUAGAUCUCAACCACUACAAAUGCUGAAUGACAUAUAUGCAUGUAUUCUAUAGUGUCAUAUCCUUUGGAGACUUUAAUGGCUAUGUAGAUUCUUGUUGAUAUUGAUGAACCUAUCUCACCAAAACUCUUAUUGCAUUCUUAAUAAAGUUCAUAUAAGUGA